GAUUCAUAUGGACUGAAGAUUUACUCUAUAUUGGCCCAUUGGUAACGCAAACCCAAUUGAUACCCGUGUUCUCCCCCGGCGUUAGUCACGUCCGCCAUUAUCAUUUGAAAUCUAUGUUGGUUUUCGAUCUCCACACUCUUCACUUUCCUUUCUUUCUUUCAUUUUCUUCUUUUAUUGUUCUUUUUCUUGCUGCCCACCAAUCGGAACAUAGUGAGUGUCCAUGAAAGUUGGCCACUGAUUCAGCAGAUAAAAAUGGGUGCAGAGUCACAAAUUCCACGAAGCUUAAUCCACAGAAUCUACGCUCCCUUGGCUAACGAAUUUCAUUUUGCACCACCGGUCUCUUCAUCCAGAACAAACGAACUCGAACUUGUUCGCGGUGUUCUACGAAUGCUGCAAGGGUUUUCUGGUCCCCUGUUCUCUUGGGAUAAAAGUGCAAACAGUUUCCGUGCAAAGAGCGGUGUUUACGUUAGCCAUCUCUCACAGAAAAGUCUCCACUCUCUUCUCAACCAGUUUAUCCACGCCGCUACGUGUCUCCAAUCCGUGGCGAUUACACUCGAUAAAAUUGAAUCUGCAGUGCCGAAGUCUCCCCCUACUUUGAACGCGUUCGCGUCCUCUGCUUCAGCGUGCCUUCAGCGGUUACGGAAUCUUGCCUUGAAGGAGGAAACGUCCUCGAGCAAUGCAGAUGGAAUAACCACUCCAACCUUGUUAGGAUUGACCAAUUCCUUAUCGAGUCUUUGCUCAGGGGCUGAAUUUCUAUUUCAGGUAGUGCAUGAGGCCAUUCCUGCUGUAUACUUUGAGUUUGGUGUGUCUUUACCAGCAGCAGAACUCACUGUUCACGUGCUUGACUAUCUUCAUAAGAAGCUUGAUGAAAUGUGUCUGGUACAAGGUGGUGAGGAGGAAGCUAAUCAGAUGAUGCUUUAUAUGUAUGUUGGAAGCUUGUUGCCGUAUAUUGAGGGUCUUGAUUCCUGGCUUUUUGAAGGGAUUCUUGAUGAUCCUUUUGGUGAGAUGUUCUUUUUCACUAAUAAAGAAGUCUCAGUUGAUGAGGCCGAGUUCUGGGAGGAGAGUUAUUUAUUAAGAAUAUUACAGCAUAGCAAGUUAAGUUCAGAAUUCUCUUCCACAAAUUAUGGCAACGAUUCAACCACAGCAUCAGAUUACAAGGAAAUGGACGGGAGGGAUUCCGUCUCUUUGUCUGGUACAAUUAAAGGAAAAGAGCCAAGCAUUAGAGACCGUCCAGCUUGUCCCUUUUUUAUUAACGACUUAGCCAAAUCAAUAAUUUCUGCUGGAAAAUCUUUGCAGCUUAUGCGCUAUGUACCUAAUUCCUCAGUGAAUUGUACCAAAGAAAGUAAUUAUGAGGGUGGAAGUGCCAAAUGUUUAAACUAUGGUUUAUAUCCUACUCAGAGAAUGGCUGGGCUAACCUUGCCGGAAAUUUUUUCUGUAUCACUAGUUGGACUUCUUGGUCAUGGUGACCAUGUCUGUAAGUACUUUUGGCAAGAGAACUGGUACGAUAUUGUAACUGUUUCUUCGCAUGCAUCUUAUGUAAAUGAGGAAAAAAUAGAUAAAGACAAUAAUGAAAAAUUAAUUGCUCCACCUUAUUUAGAGAAGACUUGGUAUAAGUUCUUGAUUGAUACAUUAUUUCAGAAAAGAUCAGCUGACAUAAAGCUAAAAUAUGAACACAUAAAUAAUGACACAUUAGAGCUGAGAGGGGCUAAAGUUAUUGAAGAUGAAGUGCUACUCUUGGGGUCAUACAUGGAAAAUCCAGUUAUAACAGUAUGUCGAGAAAAUCUCGGAAAGAAUGGGAACGCCUUGAAAGCAUUGAAUUUAUCUCGAAAAUUCAGCUUGCCUUCAUUAAAUGAUGAGAGUUUAAGAAGAGCUAUAUUUGGUGCAGAAAGUACUGGAUUUUCGGAUAGUGAAGGAACAAACUAUACUUUUGGCUUUCACUUUGGUGAAUCUGAAUACCUUCAUUCACAGGAUGACAGAAAGCUGUUAGAAAUGUUAUUUCCUUUUCCCACUAUUUUACCUCCAUUUCAGGAUGAGGUUCCUGUGUCAGAGCUCUUACCUUUCCAGAGAAACAGCAGUCUUAUUUCUAGAGUUCUUCGAUGGAUGCAAAAUGACCUAAGAACUACUCCACUUCCUCUUGUUAUCAUGCAGUACUGUCUAACCGUUUACAUUCAGAAACAGGUGGAUUAUAUUGGAGUGAAUAUGCUGUUAAAGUUAAUGAAUGAAUGGAGAUUGAUGGAUGAGCUCGCGGUGUUGAGAGCUAUAUAUUUGUUAGGUUCAGGUGAUUUGCUGCAACACUUUCUGACCGUAAUUUUCAAUAAGUUAGACAAGGGCGAAGCAUGGGAUGAUGAUUUUGAAUUAAACACAAUAUUGCAGGAAUCAAUCAGAAAUUCUUCUGAUUGUAUGCUGUUAAGUGCUCCAGAUUCAUUGGUAGUGACGAUAACCAAAAAUAGUGUUGACAAUGAUGAGCAAGCUAGUACAGGUGGUGCUGCUUUGAGUGCUUCUCGUCAAAGUCAUGUCAAUAGCUUUGGAAUUAAUGGCCUUGAUAUGCUCAAAUUCACGUAUAAGGUCCCUUGGCCUCUUGAACUCAUUGCAAAUACAGAGGCAAUUAAGAAGUACAACCAGGUAAUGCGGUUCUUGUUAAAGGUCAAGCGUGCAAAAUUCGUAUUAGAUAAAGUGCGGAGAUGGAUGUGGAAGGGUAGGGGAUCUGCUACAAACUACAGAAAGCAUCAUUGGUUAGUGGAGCAGAAACUCCUUCAUUUUGUGGAUGCUUUUCACCAAUAUGUGAUGGAUCGGGUAUAUCACAGUGCAUGGCGUGAACUAUGUGAGGGUAUGGGUGCAGCAAAAUCUCUGGAUGAAGUCAUUGAAGUCCAUGAGACUUACAUGUUAUCAAUUCAACGGCAAUGCUUUGUGGUUCCUGAUAAGCUGGGGGCUCUUAUUGCUAGCCGCAUCAACAGCAUCCUUGGCCUAGCUUUAGACUUUUAUAACAUACAGCAGACAUUAAGUGGUGGUGGAGCUGCUUCUGCCAUCAAAGCAAGGUGUGAGAUGGAAGUGGACCGGAUAGAGAAACAGUUUGAUGAUUGCAUUGCUUUCUUACUUCGGGUUUUAUCAUUCAAAUUAAAUGUGGGCCACUUCCCUCAUCUGGCUGAUUUGGUGACCAGAAUCAACUACAACUAUUUCUACAUGUCUGCUAAUGGAAAUUUGAUGACUGCCUCCAGUUCUGGAAGUGUUACUUCAAGGUUGGGGAAGCCUCCUGGGUAGAACUUUUUGAUCUUAAGGUGGAUUGUCAACUUUUAUCUGAAUGAGAAAAAUUCUGCGCCUGCUUUCAUAUGUUGUAAGUAUUUUUAGAAUAUCCUCCAUUUGCUAGAUCUUUGUGCUUAGUGACGGGGGAAUUGAAAGCUGCUGUAACCCGCGAUGCCUGUAACUGCAGAGCCACUUGUCUGGCAACCUGCAUGAAUGUGCAUAGGAAGAUAUAAUUUCUGUCGUUGUUGUUUGUGAGCUAUACGUAGGAUCAACUACUUUUUUGUGCAAGCCUGAGUUGGGUGGGUUCUCAAAUUAAAAUAACCUAAACGUGAGUAAGUCUCGUCCGUAAGAUGCGACACAAACGUUUAAGAUUGACAACUUUCAACUUUCUUGAAUCGUGAUGCACACCAGGACGGUAGUGAAAUGUGGAUCACGACUAAAUGCAAGAAAUGAAAGAUAAGAAUGUCGGGGAAGUUUCCAAUGGUGAAAAUGUUAUUGGCCAUUGUAAUCUUCAACGCAUCCAACUGGGGAAAGAAAGAUCCUCUAUCUCCUUACAGAAGGAUAAUUACUAUU